AUGUCUUUAGCCAACUUAGCUAACUAUAGCAGUCAUUUGAAAAACUGUGUUAGAUUAAACAUCUCCACAACGUCAGUACCUUUCAACAAGUUCAACUUGAAGAUCUCAUACCAUUUAUAUAAGGAAGGAUUCUUAUCUUCAUUGAAAAAAGGAUCAUUAAACGGCCCAGAUAAAGUACCUGUUGAAGUCACAAGUGAUAAUAUCGCCACCAGAAGAUUGUGGUUAGGUUUAAAAUAUAGAAAUAAUAAUGCUAUCAUCAAGCACUUUGAAAUGAUAUCCAAACCUAGUAGGAAAGUCAAUUUAAGUGAUGUUGAAAUCAAAGCUUUAAGUUCAGGUAUAAAUGUAAGAUUCAUCGAAGGUUUACAACCGGGUGAAAUAAUUUUAGUAAAAGUUGGAGACGAAAUAAUGGAAAUUCAAGAAGCUGCUAAGAAAGGAGUUCACGGUAUGGUUUUAUGUAGGAUUAGAUAA